CGUUUUAGAAUAUCUUCACUUUUCUCACUCUAUACAUUGCAUCUUCUGGGUAGAGAAGCCAGCUAAUAUUAGUGAAGAAUUAAACGCAUUUCCUAAAUCACAGAACUCUUCGGAGAGCGAUAUCCGAAUAAAGAGAGAAUCGGGCAACCAAUCUCCGAUGAGUGAAAACGCAUCUCCUAAAUCACAAAACUCUUUGGAGAUCGAUCUCCAAAUAAAGUGAGUAAAGGGCGAUCAAUCUCUGAAGAGUGAAAAGGGAGAUCAGGGACCUUUUUGUACUUGUAUUCAAGGGAGAUCAGGGACCCUUUUUUUCUUGUAUUCCUUUUUUGUUGUUCUUCUAAUAUUUGUUUGUAUAUAUUCAUAUGACACAUCAUGAGAUGAUAGGUAAAUAGAAGCAGCAUGGCGAAGCCUUUUUCUCUACCUUCUCUGUGCAAUUUUGUACAGCCAUCUACGAUCAAGAGCCGCUGUAGUACUCGUCUUCAUAUGACCAUGCAAGUAAAAGCUCAGAGCUUAGAUGAAGGUAGAUCAAGGAAUAUUGUGGAUUCAAAUUUGAGCGUUUUAAGAGAGAAGAUGGCAGUCGUUAAGAUGAGGGAGAGACUUGAGAAAUAUUGCUGCAAACAUCAACAAAAUGGAUGGAAUUAUUCACCGGGAUAUAAUUACAAACUCAGAAGAGCAAGAGAGGUAUCGACGUUCUUUGAGCUCAUACGUUUGGUGGGCGUGACUCUUGGUUUUACCUGUUUUACUGCUACAUUCUUCCUUGUCCUUGUAUCAAUCUUGGUUCGUUUGAAUCAAUGGUAAUGCUAUAUGUAUGGAUGAACGUCUGUCUUUAUAAUAAAAAAUGUGUACAUCUCUUUCCCUCCCUUUAAUGGGUAGACAACU